AUGGCUCCUGCAAAGAAGUCCACUGGCAAAAAGGUCGCUCCCGCACCCUACCCCAUCAAGGCCAAGCAGGGCUCCAAGGCUCCUGCCAACCCCUUGUUCGAGAAGCGCGCCAAGAACUUUGGCAUUGGUCAAGAUGUCCAGCCCAAGCGCGAUGUCUCGCGCUUCGUCAAGUGGCCCGCCUACGUCCGUCUUCAGCGCCAAAAGAAGAUCAUCUACCAGCGUUUGAAGGUCCCCCCGGCUCUCAACCAGUUCACCAAGACUUUGGACAAGAACACUGCCACCCAGCUUUUCAAGUUGGCCGACAAGUACCGUCCCGAGACCAAGGUUGAGAAGCGCGAACGUAUCCGUGCUGCUGCCGCUGCCAAGGCUGAGGGUAAGGAAGCCAUCAAGACUGACAAGCCCGUCGUCGUCAAGUACGGUUUGAACCACAUUACCGCCUUGAUUGAACAAAAGAAGGCUCAGUUGGUCGUCAUUGCUGACGAUGUCGACCCCAUUGAGUUGGUCCUUUUCUUGCCCGCUCUCUGCCGCAAGAUGGGUGUCCCAUACUGCAUCGUCAAGGGCAAGGCUCGUCUCGGUCAGGUCGUCCACAAGAAGAACGCCACCGCUUUGGCUUUCACUGAGGUCGCUGAGGCUGACAAGGCUGAGCUCGCUAACUUGGUCUCCGCCGUCAAGGUUAACUUCAACGACAAGACUGAUGAGAUCCGUCGCCAAUGGGGUGGUGGUAUCAACGGUCCCAAGUCCAACGCUCGUCUUGCCAAGCGCGAGGCUAUUGCCGCCAAGGAAAUUGCUGCUCGUCAGUAA